AGUUUCGUUAUCAAGCUGGGAAAAGGGAUUUUAUGGAAAUGUCUGCUUGUCAGUAACCUCACAGUUUCCAGUGACUCUCUCAUUAUCGCAGUCAAGUGUUUACAGUGUCUUCAUUAGCAGCCAGCUCUCCAAUGAUAACAAAGCUGAAAAGAAGGAACCAAUGAUGGUGAUAAGCAUGGCCAAGCUGCUAUUUUGGUUGACACAAGUCCCCCUGUUUACUCUGGGAGCAUGGGAGCGGACAUCACGACUGUGGUCCUUGCAUUGGGGAUCUCCAUUUUCAAACCUUGCCAUCGGAAAGUCUGUUUUCAAGACGGGAAGAAGGUAAAGUUUGUGCCAGCUCAGUGACUUAGAGAGAAUCUAAUUUCAAAAUGCAGAGCUCCAGAUCAUUCCUGUUCCAGGUGUGUUUGAGUCUGGUGGUUUCCAUUGGCUCCUGCACCUGUAAACCUCUCAAUAAUGACAUCCAGAGUGAGGACUCUGAGGGACUCUACACUCAGCUGUCAGAGGAGGACCUUCUGGAGGAGGAAGACACCGACUCCAGGAUGGAGGACCUUCUGGGGACCAUGAAGGAGGGCUUUCUGAGGAAACUCAACCUGUCGGAUGUUCCCCAGGAGCACAGCAAGAUCUACCCUCCUCAGUUUAUGAUGGAGCUUUAUGACAAGUACGCCUCAGACAGCUCAGCAAUCCCUCAGUCUGAUGUCAUACGAAGCUUCACUGUCCAAGACAUCACUCAUUCUGUGACAAAUGGCACAAAGUCAAAGCACAGACUACAAUUCAAUGUCAGCAUCCCCAACCAUGAAAAGAUCACUACUGCCGAACUACAGCUCUUCUUCCUCCCAGAUCCCAAUUUAGGAUUCACCUCCCACAGUUUCAAGACCACUGUCAAAGUCUAUGAAGUGGAUUACAACAAUUUCACAUCCACCACCCAGCUACUGCUUGGCAAAGAAGUGACAGGCUCGCAGAGCAUGUGGGAGACAUUGGAUGUGACUACAGCUAUUCAGAGCUGGAUCAGAUCGGGCUAUGAAGCAACUGUUUUUGAUAUAGUGGUGGAUAGGAAGGACUGUGAGGCUUCUAAAGGUGGAGGAGAAAGACCAGGCUGUUUAAAUAUGAGCGUGACUGUGGGAGAUAACACUUCAGCAGCUUUGAUAGUCUUCUCAGAUGACCUGGGUAGUAGGAGGAGGGAGGCAAAAAAAGAACUAAGAGAGAUGAUCCUCCAUGAAGAAGAAACAAUCUUACACUCAGGCGCUGAUUGGAAUAGACGGGAACAGUUUCCAAACGAGAUCCCGGAGGCUCAGCAUCCACGGAGAAAGAAAAGAAAGGCAGAGAGGGAAUACUGCCGACGGACCUCUCUCAAAGUCAACUUUAAAGACAUCGGCUGGGACAGCUGGAUUGUGGCACCCCCAGAAUACGACGCCUUCGAAUGUCGAGGCAUGUGUUACCACCCACUGACAGACGAAUCAACCCCGUCAAAACACGCCCUCAUCCAGACGCUGAUCAACAUCAGGGACCCCAAGAGGGCCAAUAUGGCAUGCUGCGUUCCCAUCAAACUGGACCCCAUCACAGUCAUGUAUCAGGAGAAUGGACGCCUCACUAUAAGAUACCUUUAUGAAGAGAUGAAGGUAGCAGAGUGUGGCUGCAGGUAGUCAGAGAGAAUUGGUUUGCUCUGGUGGUAGCACAAGUGAUUAUGGUUCUGAUGCUGCAUUUCAUUCAAGUCAGUCAGAGUUUAUGCCCUCUGUUGGUCCAGUAGCCCAGGUUUAAGAAGAAACAUCGGUGCUUCCAAUUAUCUACCAAAAGUGGCUACCUGGGUAGCCACUACCUACCUAUUCCUCCACCUGCAGCUCUGUGAGGCUGUACUUUGGCAGAACAGUGCUUUAAGCUAAA